CUUUGCACUAUUUGUUCAAAAACAGUCAUUCUUCUGAUCCCAGCUGAAGUGCUGUUGGGAUACUUGACUCCCAGAGUGCCAUGGUUUGGGACUGCUGAGAAAAACCAGGAAAGUUCCUGGAGGUUCUCUUGACAUGGCCAGAGGCUACAUCCUGUAUUUCAUCCUGUUGACUUUUCUAAUCCAUGAUAGCAAAGCCUGUUUAUGUGAUAAUUACCCAUGGACUCAGUGGUCCAGUUGCUCAAAAACCUGCGAUUCUGGAACCCAGAGCAGACAAAGACAAAUAGUAAUUAAUCAGUACUAUCUGGAUAACUUUUGUGACCAGCUUUGCACCAAGCAGGAGACCAGACAAUGUAACUGGCAAGCUUGUCCAAUCAAUUGCCUCCUGGGAGAUUAUGGACCUUGGUCAGACUGUGAUCCCUGUGUUGAAAAACAGUUUAAAGUCAGAUCCAUUUUGCGGCCUAGUCAGUUUGGAGGACAACCCUGCACUGAGCCCCUGAUGACCUUCCAACCAUGUAUUCCUUCUAAACUCUGCAAAAUUGAAGAGGUCGACUGCAAAAAUAAAUUCCGCUGUGACAGUGGCCGCUGCAUUGCCAAUAAGUUAGAGUGCAAUGGAGAAAAUGACUGUGGAGACAAUUCAGAUGAAAGAAACUGUGGAAGAACUAAAGCGGUAUGCUCGCGGACAUAUAUCCCCAUUCCCAGUGUUCAACUGAUGGGUUCUGGAUUUCAUUAUCUGGCAGGAGAGCCCAGAGGAGACGUCCUUGAUAAUUCUUUCACUGGAGGAGUAUGUAAAACUGUCAAAAGCAGUAAAGCAAGUAAUCCAUAUCGUGUUCCCAUCAAUCUGGAAAAUGUCAACUUUGAGGUACAAACUGUAGAAGAUGAUUUGGAAACAGAUUUCUACAAGGAUUUAAUCCCUCUUGAAAACAAUAAUAAUCAACAGGCCUCAGAUAAUCAUGAACAUAGUGGUUCCUCUGGAAUACCAUUUUUAUUUUCCUCAAAGCAAAAAGAAAGCAGGACUUCCAUGUCUAGCUUCAAACAAGCCAUUGAGGCAUCUCACCAAAAGGAUUCUAAUUUUAUUAGGGUCCAUAAAGUAAUGAAAGUCUCAAACUUCACCAUGAAAACUAAAGAUCUGCAGCUCUCUGAUGUCUUUAUGAAAGCUCUUAACCAUCUGCCUCUAGAAUACAACUCUGCCUUGUAUACUCGGAUAUUCGAUGACUUUGGGACUCACUAUUUCACUGCUGGCUCUCUGGGAGGGAUAUAUGACCUCCUCUAUCAAUACAGCAGGGAGGAGCUGAAGAACUCAGGUUUAACAGAGGAAGAAUCCCGACAUUGCAUCCGUAUUGAAAAAAAGAAACGAAUUCUGGGUUUUAAGAAAACAAAGGUGGAAAAUAGGUGUACCACUAACAAGCUGUCAGAGAAAUAUGAAGGCUCAUUUUUGCAGGGAGCAGAGAAAUCCAUAUCCCUGGUUCAAGGUGGAAGAAGUGAGUAUGCAGCAGCUUUGGUAUGGGAGAAAGGAAACUCUGUUCCAGAGGAGAAGGUGUUUUAUGAGUGGUUAGAAUCAGUGAAGGAAAAUCCUGUUGUGAUUGACUAUGAGCUUGCUCCCAUCACAGACUUGGUCAGAAACAUUCCCUGUGCAGUGACCAGGCGGAACAACCUCAGGAAAGCAUUCCAAGAAUAUGCAGCUAAGUUUGACCCUUGCCAGUGUGCUCCAUGCCCUAAUAAUGGUCGCCCGACCCUCUCAGGGACUGAGUGCAUAUGUGUUUGUCAGAGUGGCACCUAUGGUGACAACUGUGAGAGACGCUCUCCAGAUUACAAAUCCAAUGCAGUUGAUGGAAACUGGGGCUGCUGGGCCUCCUGGAGCCAAUGCGAUGCUACGUAUAAGAGGACCAGAACCCGAAAAUGCAACAACCCUACCCCUCAGCAAGGAGGAAAGGCCUGUGAAGGGGUGUCACAGCAAGUGGAGGACUGCACAAUCUCAAUAAUGGAGAACAAUGGACAACACUGUAUCAGUGAUGAUGAAGAAGUAAAAGAAAUAGACCUUCCUGAGAUUGAAUCGGAUUCAGGAUGUUCUCAGCCAGUUCCUCCAGAAAAUGGAUUUAUCAGAAAUGAAAAGAGACUAUACUCUGUUGGGGAAGAAGUUGAAAUUGUCUGUCUGACUGGAUUCAAAACUGUAGGAUACCAGUACUUCAGAUGCUUACCAGACAGAAGUUGGAGGCAAGGAGAUGUGGAAUGUCGACGGACAGAGUGCCUGAAUCCAAUACUACAGGAAGGUCUAACAGUCUCACCAUUUCAGAGAUUAUAUAGAAUUGGUGAAUCCAUUGAGAUUAGCUGCCCCAAAGGCUUUGUUGUUUCUGGACCAUCAAGAUACAUGUGCAAGGGGGAAUCUUGGACCCCACCCAUUUCAGAUUCACUCAUAUGUGAAAAAGAUAUUAUGACAAAAUUACAGGGACAUUGCCAACCAGGACAAAAACAGUCAGAAUCAGGAUGUAUUUGCAUGUCUCCAGAAGAAGACUGUAGUCACUAUUCAGAAGACCUCUGUGUACUUGAUAAUAUCUCUAGCCAAUACUUUUCCUCAACUGCUUGUAAGUUUUUGGCUGAGAGAUGUUUAAAUAAUCAGAAACUUCAUUUUCUAAAUACUGGUUCCUGCCAAGAUGGUCUACCAUUAGAAUGGGGUCUGGAAAGAAUAAAACUUUCAUCCAAUAGCACAAAGAAAGAAACUUGUGGCUAUGACACUUGCUACGACUGGGAAAAAUGUUCAGCUUCCUCUUCCAAAUGUAUCUGCCUACUACCCUCCCAGUGUCUGAAAGGUGGAAACCAACUCUACUGUGUCAAAAUGGGGUCAUCAAUGACAAAGAAAACAUUGAACAUCUGUGAAGUAGGAGCUGUGAGAUGUGCCAACCGAAAAUUGGAAAUACUGAAUUUGGGGAGGUGUUUGACCUAACACAAUUACUGAUAAACAUAUUUACAUCCAAACAUAUCUCCUACAAAGAAUAGUCUACCAUAGUGAUGCUAGGCUGGCAUGCCUAGAAGCUAUUGACAAAAAUUGUUAUUUUUAUAUAAUUAUUCUGCCCAGCCUUUCCUGUCUUAGUCUCCCUUAUCUACUUUAGGACAUAAAGCCCUAGCAUGCUCUUGAGGUAAUAAUAUUUAGAUCAAUGUAGUAAAUUCUUCUGUUUAUGUUGCAUGAUAAAAAUUGGAUUUCUGAGGAUUUUAUAGGGUCUGCGGUACCAAGUAUUCUCUCAAUAAAAAGAAACAAAAUCAUAACUUUUUUCAUUAAAUAAACAAACAGGCAAAUCUACAACUUGUGGAA